UUUUGGGUAACUAAAUUGACGAAUAAGGGAAGCCCAAUCACAUCCAUUCACAUUAUUCUCUUGGACGGUACCGUCCGACCCCUAAUAAUCCGUGACUAGUUCCUUAUCAUAGAAGGAUUGAAAGUGUCAAAACUCAUCUCUCUCCCUCUCUCAUCCCACUGUAUAUAAUAAUUUGCCAUGUAAACAAGGGUCUCAGUCUCAGCCGUUAGAUCAUAAAGAAUUUUCCUUUGACUUGGCAAUCAUCAUCAUCAAAUAUUCUUUUCCUUGAUUAAUGUCACAUGUAUACAUAGAGAGCCUUUUCUUGCCGUCUUUAAAGGCUCCUAGAUAUUAUAACCAUAGUCCUCUAUAUAUGAAAAUCAGAGAGCUAAAGCUAGCCCACACUUUUUUUCUUCAACAAAAUACAUCUCAUACAAUUCAACAAUACACCUUCACGAAAUCUUUAUGUAUUUAUAUACAUAUAAAGACAGAAGAAGUUAAUGCUAGAAACUAACUUUAAUUUAUUAUAAUUAGCUUUUCCUGUACCCUCUCACUUGCAUGGCUUUAACCCUAAACUCUCCACCUCCUUCAAAUCUCUCAUGGGUCAGCCCACUCUUCGUCGGACCUCUAUUAGCUAAUAAUAAUUCUGAUGAUGACCAUAUUCAUAAUGAUGAAUACAACAUUAAGAAUAUUGAGGCACAUAAAGAAGAAGAAGAUGAUGAUGAUGAUCCCAAACGACGUCGUUUCUUUCUUCAAGAGAAGGUCAUAAUUCGUGAUGAUAAGAGUGCAAGAUCAGAAAUGAUGAACGUAAACGAAGGCGGUGAUUGGAAGGGUAAUAAACACUCCGGUAGUUGCAGGUUACGAAAGAGGCCUUCGAGCUUGGUUGUGCCUAAAUACCCUGGAGUUGGAGGAGGCCAAGAAUUGUGUGAUGAAAAGGCGGGUAGAACAAGGAGGUUGGAUAAGGAAGAAGUUGAGGUAGUUGAAGGCAGAGAUUUCUUUUUGGCAGCUAAAAAGGGAAUGAGGAUGUCUAUGGAGGAUGGCUAUGGAGUUUUGGUUGACAUUAUGGGAGAUUCAAAGCAAGCCUUUUUUGCAGUAAUGGAUGGGCAUGGAGGGUGUGCAGCGACUGAUUACGUUGCUGAAAAUUUAGGAAAGAACAUUGUAAAAGGGUUGGAAGAUGUUCCAAAUAGCGAUGAAGAAAAAGUAGAAGAGGCUAUUCGUGAAGGAUACUUAGUCACAGAUAAGGAGUUUCUUAGUCAGGGAGUAAGUAGUGGAGCUUGUGCAGCUAGUGUGCUUGUAAAAAAAGGAAAAUUACAUGUAGCUAACGUGGGAGAUUGUAGAGUAGUUCUCAGUAGGAAAGGAGUAGCUCAUGUAUUAACCAACGACCAUCGUUUGACCACCAGAGAGGACGAGCGUCUUCGUAUCGAGAAUUCCGGUGGAUUUGUUCACUGUCGCAAUGGAGUUUGGAGAGUUCAAGGGUCACUUGCAGUCUCAAGAGCAAUCGGGGAUCAACAUUUGAAAGAAUGGGUUAUUUCUGAGCCAGAAAUCAAAACUAUUCCUAUAACUUCUGACUGUCAAUUUUUGAUAGUGGCCUCUGAUGGACUGUGGGACAAGAUAUAUGACCAGGAAGCGGUGGAUAUUGUUGCAAGAGAAAACUCAACAUUGAAGGCUUGCAAAAAGCUUGUAGAUAUGUCUUCAAGCAGAGGGAAUAUGGAUGAUAUUACGGUCAUGGUUGUUAAACUUCAAAACUUUAUGCACAUAUAGGCCGUUGUUAGUGAUGCCAACAUGUCAAUAUAUUACUUAAAGCAUACCUAAAAUUUACAUAAUUAGUUAUAAUAAUAGAAUAGUACUACUUGUAUAGAGAUUUCUGUAUCGGAAACUUUUUUUUUGCCGCAUUACAUAUGUAUAAUUGUAUUUUCAUAAAUAAUUAAAUGUCAAAAAAAUUAUCUUCACA